GUGUCUGACCCUCCAAACUUUUUUCUCAUCGAUGACAACUCCAAUAUCUUCACAUUAGAACCGUUAUAGAGGAUUUAUCAGACAUAUAUAAAGACUAGAGACUUGCUCGGUACUUGUGGAAGAUCCAGAAGGAGCUGUGAGGAGUUUGCAGAGAUGUUUCGAAUAGCAGGCGCAGGAUCAGUCACCGCUGCACGACUGUCUGCAGCGUGCUGCAGGGUGGUCACCUCUAAGCAGUUCCAAGUUCACGGUGCCAGUCUGCAUGUCUUGUCAUCAGAAGCCUCCAGGAAGACCAGAAAUGGCCCUGCUCACAGGACCCCUCCAUCAUGGCAGAGUGUGCGGGCUAUGGCAUCCGCAGGAGAGUCCCAGUCCAAGAUUAACUAUAUCUUUUAUGGGCUAGCUGUGUUAUUUGGUGGUGGAGGCAUUGUUUAUUGGUGGUCACGGAAGUACAUGCGAGAAACAUCCAAAGAUGGUAGUACGUUAAAGAAAGCUGCUGCACCUGCGGCAGCUGCAAGUAAGGAAGCCACAGAGCCAGUUGCUGAGACACCUGUCACAGAAACUACUAAAUCUGAAGCUCCACCUGCCCAGCCAGCAGCUGCAGAAGCACCUGCUGAAGCAGUGCCUGAUGCUGAAAGCAAGAAACUGUUGGAUGCCACACCUCAGUCCUACCCUGACUAUGAGGUCAUGCCUGAAAUCCCGGGCCAUGCCAAGUACUUGCUGAUUGGAGGGGGGACAGCAUCCUUUGCUGCCUUCAGAGCAAUCAGGGCAAGUGAUGCAAAGGCUCAGGUCCUUGUAGUGACAGAGGAGGAGGAGCUUCCCUACAUGAGGCCACCCCUGUCCAAGGAGCUGUGGUACAGCGAUGAACCCAAACUGGUGGAGAAAAUGAAAUUCAAACAGUGGAAUGGCAAGGAGAGAAGCGUCUACUACAACCCACCAUCCUUUUAUGUGGAGCCUAAAGAGUUGGCCUACCAGGAAAAUGGAGGAGUGGCUGUUGUCAAAGGAAGAAAGGUUAUGAAGCUGGACCCCCAGAAACAGGUGGCUGUGCUGGACAAUGGGUGGGAAAUCUUCUACGACAAAGUCCUGAUUGCCACAGGCGGCAGACCUCGCAACAUCCCGGUGUUUGAGAGGGCAUCACAGGAAGUCAGGGACAGGGUCACUCUCUUCAGAGGAAUUAAGGAUUUUAAAAGGCUGGACGAGGUUUCCAAGAAUGCGAGCUCCAUCGUGGUGGUGGGAGGGGGGUUCCUGGGGAGCGAGCUGACCUGUGCGCUGGGGAAGAGGAGUAGGGACUCCAGUCUCAAGGUCAUCCAGAUGUUCCCGGAGGCAGGAAAUAUGGGAAAAGUUCUCCCUGAGUACCUGAGCCAAUGGACAACAGCAAAAGUCAGAGGAGAGGGUGCCACAGUGAAACCAGAAACAUUUGUGAAGAGAGCCAGGUAUAGUGAUGGAAAAGUCAUCCUCAAACUCAACACUGGAGAAGAGAUCUCUACAGACCAUGUAGUUGUGGCAGUAGGCCUGGAGCCCAACACAGAACUGGCCAAGGAAUCAGGACUGGAAGUAGACGACACAUACGGAGGCUUCAGAGUCAAUGCUGAACUAGAGGCCAGAUCUGACAUCUGGGUGGCUGGCGAUGCCUCAUCUUUCUACGACAUAAAGCUGGGUCGGCGGAGGGUGGAACACCACGAUCAUGCUGUCGUCAGUGGCCGACUGGCCGGGGAAAACAUGACGGGCGCCAAGAAACCUUACUGGCAUCAGUCCAUGUUCUGGUCUGACCUAGGACCAGAUGUGGGGUAUGAGGCCAUCGGAAUUGUGGAUUCAUCCCUGCCCACGGUGGCAGUCUUUGCCAAGGCAACAGAGAAGGACACCCCUAGGGCAGUAGUGGAGGAGACAGGAGAGAGUCUGAGAUCCGUCACAGAGACUGAAGCUCUGUCUAUCUUUGGUUCUGCCAUGCAACAGGCUGCUACAUCUACUGUACCAGAUCUAGAGGUUAUGGAAGCCACACUACCGGCCAAAGAGUCUCCGCCCUCUGCUGAAUCUGAAAAAGCACUAGCUGAACCUGCUUCUGAAACAGCUGCAGCACCUGCUUCUGAGACCCCUGAACCAGCUGCAGCACCUGUUGCAGAGGUCUCUGAGUCUCCAGCUGCAGCACUGGCCUCUGAAGCUCCUUCUGCCCCAGCUGAAAUUCCUUCCUCUGAGCUGGCAUCUGAGCCAGUUGCAGCACCUGCUUCUGAACCUGCUUCUGCAGCUGAAGCUCCUGCUGAAAAAGCUAAAGCUGGAGAGGAGGGUGUUGCAGCAGAGUCUGGUGAAACAACAGCUACCCCUGAAGUUGAGCUGUCAUCUGCACAGACAACAGAGCCUUCUGAAGUGCCCUCCACUACUGAUGUUGAGCCUUCAGCCUCUGAAAAGACUGAGAGUGCGACAGAUGAAGCCCCAGCCCCAGAUGUAGAGGCAGCUGCCAAGCUUGUUGCUGAAGUGGAGGCUGAGAACAGGGUCGCUCCCACACCCAAGGAGGACUAUGGGAAGGGCGUAAUCUUCUACCUGAGAGAUGACGUCAUCGUUGGCGUCGUGUUGUGGAACCUGUUCAACAGAAUGCCCAUUGCAAGAAAGAUUAUCAAGGAGGGGAAACAGCAUCAGGACCUAGCUGAGGUUGCCAAACUGUUUGAUCUUCACGCAGAUGAAGAUUGAUGCAGGGCCUAAUUAAUAGAUCUCUUUCUCUUGGAUGGUCGUGUAUAAUCUAAAUCAUGCUGAUUAGAUCUAUGAUAUCACAAAAUAACUGGGGUUAAUAGAGACUUUGUUGCUACAUUUUCCUGGGAGAUGUACUUAUAUAUAGUCUAUUAUCUUUAGAUUCUGAUGUAGAUGUACCUUAAGACAUGAAUGGAAGGCAGAGCUGCUAACACAGAGUCUGAAGCUACUGGUAUGAAUUGUGUGUAUUGGAUUGUAAUUUUGCUCAUCCUUGACAUUGUAUACACGCAAGUGCUAUUUGAGAAUCUUCAUCUAUGCUAUUUUUCCAUUCUUCUUAAACCUGAUACAAGAACCCAAGAUUCUCCCAUGGGUAGGAUUUGUCACCUAUACUUAAUCCUCAACUACCUGUAUCAAUGCAUGAGUCAUUUGAGAUCAAUUGUCCAUGUGUAUUAAGGCUGAUAUCACUAAGAAAUGAUCACAAUUAAACAGGUAGAAAGGACACUGUACUUGGGCAUGGAGCAGGACUGA